AUGCCAGUAUGCAUUCUGUGUGCCCAUCCAAUGCCACAUGUCUACACCGAGUACGAGUCUGCAGAUAACCUCCGCCUAGAACAAUGCACCAGUUGCCGCCAGCUCGCGGACCCCUACAUCAAACGCGGAGCAUUGACCAAGUUCAUCGAUGUAGUCCUGCUGAAGCGCGAGGUAUACCGCCACCUGUUGUUCAACCGCGGCGCCGAACCACGGAGGGUCAUCACCGGAAUACCAAGGAGCAGGGCACCUGUGGUUCAUGAGAUUUCACUGCAGGAGCGCUGGUGGCUUAUAAUGCGGCUAGGCAUGGGCCUCAUAGUUGUCGAUGCAUACAUUCGUUGGUCGCAUCUCUUGGAGAAUCAUGGCUUCGAAUCGCGCGUAUCGCAGGAUAGCAUGCUCUUCCUGAAGGUGUUCCUCGGAUGCCUGAUCGAGACAUUGACGUUUCACUGCGGUACUGUCUUCGCGUCCCUCUGUGUUCUGCGGUUCCUCGAAUUCGCCCGUACACGCAUGUUCCGUUCGAAAGGGCCAGUUUCUGGCGUCCGUCAGCAGUUCCGGUUUUCGCUUAUACCUCUCACAAUUUUCUACUCCUCUAUCACGAAGCUCUUCCUUCUCUUUCUCCUCACGCUUUACCCACCGUCGGGCCACGUUACAUCCGAGGGAGCCGCACGGCUCCAGGAUCUAUGCCAGACAGAUCCACUUCGGUGCUUGUACGAAAUGUUCGACGAGGAUAAGCUCGACCGAGAGUGGGUAGUCCGAAAUGUGUGGGGUGGAAUGGCUGCCGGUUUCGGGCUCAAAGUGGUAUUAGAUUGCCAUCCCGUGUUCACGACGCUUGUAAUACUUGCCGGCUGGGCUGUCAAGACGACCGUUGCGGAGCUCGUGAAGGACUGGGUGGGCGUCGACGACCAAGACAAGGACCUGUGGCUCGCAUACAGCAUCCCAUAGCCCCCUAUUUGUUGGAUACUCAGAUUGUCGACGACUAUCACAGUGGUAAUAGACGUCGUCAAAAUGAUACUAGGCUGUCCGAUGACUUCGAGGGAAUGCACCAUCGAUUCGUCCAAAACGUGGGGAUAGUUUGGGUUUUGUCACUUUUGGAUGUUAUACGAUUAUGCGAUAACCUUACG